AAUUUUUAUCAAAUGUCUGAGAGUGACAAACAAGAUCCUUAAUCGCAAUCCUCAUCUGCAAAAUAACCAGAAGAAUCUAAUUAAGAUGUUAAAGUUACUAGUGCAUGGGAGAAAUCAUCUAAGGAGCUAAUAAAUUCUCAUUAAAAUAAAUUUGAUGCAUUUAAGUCUAUGGCAGAUUAGAGUGGAACAAUAGAUGAAAGUCAUUUUACAAUAGGUGGAGAAUAGAAAUCUGAAAUCUUUAAGAGAUUUGAUGCUGAUCAUGAUGGCAAAAUAACUCAAUAGGAAUGGAAUCAGGGUUGGAAUAAUCUUGAUGUCUAAGUAUUAGAAACAUAACAUAAAGUUGCAAUAGCGUAAUAGAAGAUGGAAAUUUUGGAUGCCUUGGAAGCUAAAGUAGAACCUGGAUUAAAUAUAAGUUAAAGAUCCCAAAAUUAAUAUCAUAGCAUGGUGGAUAGAGUAAAGAAUACAUCAACGUUAAGUGGUUUAACUGAUAUAUUCAAUAAGAAAUCUCCUUAUAGAGAACAUGAAGAAUAUCAAGAGAGCAGUAAUUAUGAUUUUAGGUAAAAAGAAAGUAACAGACCUUUGGAUUAAUUAUUAUAACAGUUUAAAACACCUAAUAAAAUAGAUAUCUUAGUUGAAACUGGCAGUGGAAAUGGAUCAGGUAAAUACAUCGGUAGUAAUAAACAGACAUCAAAAUUUGGAUUAGUAUAAGGAAGUGCUUCACCUGGAUUUAAUCCUGCAACCUUGAGAAAUGAUAAUUAAUACAAUUCAAAGGUUCAUUAACAAAUGAAUAUUAAUAUUGAUAUUAAAGAUAAAAAUAAAUCAAAUAAAAGAAGAGAAGAAUUGGCCAACUAUAUGGGUAAAUUAGGUUUGGGAGGGAAUGAAUCUAUUUCAAAAUCAUAGAUUAGUAUUGAGUAGCCUAAUUCAAGUAAGAUUAAUAAUCAUAAUUUAGAUGUUUUUGAGAGAAUGAAAGUUUAUGUUAAUAAUAUUGGAUCUCAAUAUCCUAGAAAUUAGUCAUAACCUGGACUAAAUGACCUCGUUAAUGAUAAAUCAUUUAGCACAAGCACAUUCAAAUAAUAAUUAAAGUAAUAUAGAAAAGAGAGAGGUGGAGAACAAUAAGAUACUUAAGCUACCAAGUUCUCUAAACCUCCCAACUUCUUAGAAAAUCCAUUAUUGCAGGAUCAAUCCUUAAAAAGUUUUCAUCUAAAACUGAUGCACUCUUAGGGUGCUUUGAAUAAUAAAUAUACUAGAAUUUGA